AUGACUGAUAAAACCCAAGUCCGUUCCUUCUACAAGAUGGUUCCAAAUGAAAGCCUUCAAUACAAGGGAAUAUUCCAAUUGCUUCUUUAUUUCAAGUGGACAUGGAUUGCAUUUGUUGCUGAUGACCAUGAACAUGGUGAAAGACUGAUACAGGUUAUGCUUUCAGUAUUUUUUCAGAAUGGCAUCUGCCUUGAAUUUAUAGAGACAUAUCCUAACAUAGGUUUUGAUGACAGCAUUAUGGACACACAUAAUUGGUUGCAAGGAAUAUAUGACAUGAUCACAAAAAGCACAGCCAAUGCAAUAGUCUUCUAUGGAGAUGCUGAUUCCAUGAUAAAUUUUAGAAUUUUGUUAUAUCUUCCCGAGGUGGAAGACAUGAAAAGACAGCUAAAAGGUAAAGUGUGGAUUCUGUCAGCCCAGAUGGAAUUCUCAUCACUUGUUUACCAACGGAGUUGGGAUAUAGAAGUCAUUUAUGGUGCUCUGGCCUUUGCAGUUCAUUCCAGUGAACUACUGGAAUUCCAACACUUUCUUCGAAGCAGAAACCCUUCUAGCCUAAAAGGAGAUGGUUUUAUCAGGGACUUUUGGGAGCAAGCAUUCAACUGUGUAUUCCUAAAUUCAGUUUUGGACAACUCAGAUAUGAAUGUCUGUACUGGAGAGGAGAGACUAGAGGACCUUCCUGGGACUGUUUUUGAAAUGAGCAUGACUGGUAAUAGCUAUAAUAUCUACAAUGCUGUCUAUGCUGUAGCCCAUGCUCUACAUGGCAUGUUUUCAAGCAAAUCAAAAAACAGAUCAAUGUUUAAGGGAGAAAGAAGGAAGCAGCAAAAUCGGCAGCCAUGGCAGCUGUACAACUUUCUGAGAAGUGUCUCAUUUAACAACAGUGCUGGGGACAAAGUUUCUUUUGACCAGAAUGGGGAACUGAUAGUAGGAUUUGAUGUGAUCAACUGGGUCACAUUUCCAAACCAAUCUUUUGCCAGAGUAAAAGUUGGACAGUUGGAGUCGCAAGCUCCUCUAGACCCAGCAAUCACCGUUAAUGAGGAUGCCAUAGUAUGGCACAAAUGGUUUAACCAGGUCCAGCCCCUUUCUGUUUGUAAUGACAACUGCCAUCCUGGUUAUCACAAGAAAAUUAAGGAAGGAGAACCAUUCUGCUGCUAUGACUGCAUUCCAUGUCCCAAAGGGAAGAUAUCUGACCAGAAGGACACCUCAGACUGCUUUCGAUGCCCAGAUGAUCGUUAUCCGAACAAGGACCAAAAUGUUUGUAUCAUCAAGGAGAUCAGUUUCUUGUCCUAUGAAGAACCUUUGGGGAUUGUUUUAUCCCUUGUUGCUCUUUCAUUUUCUUUUAUAACUGCUAUGGUGCUGGGAACAUUUACAAAGCACCACAACACACCUCUAGUCAAAGCCAACAACCGGAGUCUCACCUAUAUUCUUCUCCUCUCCCUCCUACUCUGUUUCCUUUCAGCAUUACUAUUCAUUGGCCAUCCUGAGAAGAACAUAUGUCUUCUCCGGCAAAUUGCUUUUGGCAUCAUCUUCUCAGUUGCCAUUUCUUCUGUGUUGGCAAAAACAAUCAUCGUGGCUCUAGCUUUCAUGACCACCAAACCAGGAUCCAGGAUAAAGAAGUGGGUAGGGAAAAGGUUGGCCAACUUGAUCGUUUUCACCUGUUCUCUUAUCCAAGGAGGCAUUUGUACCAUUUGGCUGGCAGCCUUUCCCCCAUUUCCAGACAUUGACAUGCAUUCAGUGACUGCAGAAAUUGUACUGGAAUGUAAUGAGGGGUCCACAGUUAUGUUUUACUGUGUCCUUGGUUACAUGGGCUUCCUGGCAAUUAUCAGCCUCACUGUGGCUUUCCAUGCCAGGAAGUUGCCCGACAGUUUCAAUGAAGCAAAGUUCAUCACUUUCAGCAUGCUGGUCUUUUGUAGUGUGUGGUUAUCUUUCAUUCCAACCUAUCUGAGCACCAAGGGCAAAUACAUGGUGGCUGUGGAGAUUUUCUCAAUCUUAGCUUCCAGCGCUGGUCUGUUGAGUUGCAUCUUUUCCCCCAAAUGUUACAUUAUCUUAUUGAGGCCUGAGCUGAACAACAAGGAACAGCUAAUAUGGAGGAACCAUUGA